AUGCAACUUUACGGUACAUAGUAUUUCUAUAUUUUAAAAUUAGAAUCUGACCUUUAAAAUAAAAAUACAGUUUUCAAUCUAAAAUGGCCUCAGGCUUAAACAUAGGCAAAUGCUGUAGUAAAUGAUGAAACAGCUAGUUAUUAUUUUUACGGAGGAAUAUUAAAAGACAGUGGAGGGACCUUUUUUACUGCUAUUGUCGAUGUUAGAUUUAAUGGAGAAGUUUAAUAGAUAUUCACCAUUAGAAAAAGCUCAUCAACUUAAUAAUUUUCUAUUAAAAGUCUUGAUUAUUUGAGAGAUACCUCAGCUGGUACAAGAUGUCUUGUAGCUUGUGCAGAAGAUGGCUAAAAUAUAUUGUUUAUGAAACUUAAUGUAAAUUCUGCUCGUACACAGGUUUCUUAGGGCUCAUCAACAUAUCUAGUUUCUUAAAAUAACAAUUAACUAAGACUUGGAGAAGCAGAUUUUUCUGCAUUCUAAUAUCGAUAAAAAGAUAUAAGUUACUACUCCUCAAGUUUGAAUAAUUAAUUCUUUUCUGGUUGGAUGGAUUUAUCCUAAGUACUCUAUGUUGGAACGAUAUCUACAUUUACAAGUGAAACACCCACAACUACAAGUUUUACUUAAAAAGUUGGUUGGCUUAUGAAUUUUAACCCAUCUGAAAGUGAAAUUACAAUAACUAACUCGUUAUCUUCCCCUUCGUCAAUGGCAAGUGAAUCUUUGACAUUUUCAACAUUAUUAACAAGUACUUUUGUGAGUACAUCAGAGGCUACUGGAUUUGCUACCAAAACAUCUACUAGCUCAAUCACAUAUAUCGUAUCUCAAAUUUUUACCACUUCAUUGAAGACAAUAAUUACACCAAGUAUAGGAAAUAAGGUUUAUAUUAUUGGAAGCUCAGCAAUGACUAUUACGAUUCCUGCUUAUACUCUAUAGUAGAUUUGUUCAGAUUUAAUAUUCAAAUAUACUAGUGAUAUUAGCACUGUAUCUGGUUUUGUUACAUUUGACACCAACACAAGAGUAUAUACUGUUUCUACAUCUACUUAAGCUUACAAUGGAGAAUAUACAAUAAAAAUGCUAGGUAGAAUUAACCAUGAGUAAAGUGCUGAAGUUUCAUUUCAACUAACUUUGAUUGGUGCCUGUUCAUACGUUUCUAUAACCUCUACAUCCUAAACUGACAUUACAUAUACUGACAUCGGGACUUAUACUUUUGAAUUAAAAGGCACAAAUUCAUAGGGAUUGCAAUCAGCAACAUAACAAUUUACCAUUAAAAUUUAAGAUGCAUGCUAAAAUGAUGCUAUUACACCUUCAGCAAUUCUCUCUUCAUACGAUUAUCUUAUUGAAUCAGGGAUAGCUCAGUCAAUAUUCACGUUAAGUUGGACACAUUCUUUAUCUUAUUGUGGAAGUUUAGCAUAUUAGGUUGUAAAUUAGGCUGAUUCCUCAACAGCUGAUAGUAUAUUCUAUAUUUCAAGUAAUCAGUUUUACGUUUCAACUUCUAAUUCUGCAAAGAUUAAUAAUUACAAUCUUAGAAUUAUUGGAGGUACAGCAUAUAAAACAAUUAAUCAGGAUUUUGCAAUAGUAGUGAAAUCAGAGUGUCCUAGUGUUGUGAUCACUCCUGAAACUAUUGCUGAUAAAGCUUAUACUUUAGGCAGUGACAGCUAAUCUUUUUCAUUUUCAGAUUGGAGUUUAUCUAUUCCAGCUUGCGGUCCAAUCACUUACUCUUUACUUAUUGAUGAUUCUGUAAAGCCAUCUUGGUUAUGA